UCUUCCUCCUCCCCGAGUUCUUGCCGACGCCGCCGCGCGCGGGGCCUGGAACACACGGCACGAGCCGCUCCCGCCCCUCCCCCCUUACGCCCACGCGGAGCCGGCCCCGCGCGCGCGCCCCGUGCACCCCUGCGCCUGCGCGCUGCCCAGGCCUUGCCCGUGUGUGGGGGCACAGCCAGCCCCGGGGGGGGUGGGGGAAAUAGGGGGGUAAAAAAACAGCGCGCGGAACCGGGCCAGGGUUGCCCACCCUCGCCACAAUGGCCUCUGGGGUGGAAGUCCUGCGCUUCCAGCUGCCUGGCCACGAGGCCGCUACACUGCGGAACAUGAACCAGCUCCGCGCAGAGGAGCGGUUCUGCGACGUGACCAUUGUGGCCGACAGCCUCAAGUUCCGCGGCCACAAGGUCAUCCUGGCUGCCUGCUCGCCGUUCCUGCGGGACCAGUUCCUGCUGAACCCCAGCUCUGAGCUACAGGUCUCGCUGAUGCACAGUGCACGCAUAGUGGCUGACCUGCUGCUCUCUUGCUACACGGGCGCCCUGGAAUUCGCCGUCAGGGACAUCGUUAACUACCUGACGGCCGCCUCCUACCUGCAGAUGGAGCACGUGGUGGAGAAAUGCCGGAAUGCCCUCAGCCAGUUCAUCGAGCCCAAAAUAGGCCUCAAAGAGGAUGGGGUCAGCGAUGCCAGCCUUGUGAGCAGUGUCAGUGCCACCAAAUCCCUUCUCCCUCCUGCCAGGACCCCAAAGCCAGCCCCCAAACCCCCACCCCCACCCCCUCUCCCCCCUCCACUCCUGCGGCCUGUGAAGCUGGAGUUCCCGCUGGAUGAGGACCUGGAGCUGAAGGCCGAGGAAGAGGAUGAGGAUGAGGAUGAGGACGUGUCUGACAUCUGCAUCGUCAAGGUGGAGUCGGCCCUGGAGGUGGCACACCGGCUCAAACCUCCCGGAGGCCUGGGAGGAGGUCUGGGCAUCGGAGGCUCUGUGGGCAGCCACCUUGGAGAGCUGGCCCAGAGCAGUGUGCCCCCCAGCACUGUGGCCCCACCGCAGGGCGUGGUGAAAGCCUGCUACAGCCUUUCCGAGGAUGCGGAAGGGGAGGGCCUGCUGUUGAUCCCCGGCGGCAGGGCCAGCGUGGGGGCCACCUCAGGCCUGGUGGAGGCAGCAGCGGUGGCCAUGGCUGCCCGGGGGGCGGGGGGCAGCCUGGGGGCGGGGGGCAGCCGGGGACCUCUCCCCGGCGGCUUUUCCAGUGGAAAUCCCCUCAAGAACAUCAAGUGCACCAAGUGCCCAGAAGUGUUCCAGGGCGUGGAGAAGCUGGUCUUCCACAUGCGGGCUCAGCACUUCAUCUUCAUGUGCCCGCGCUGUGGCAAGCAGUUCAACCACAGCAGCAACCUCAACCGGCACAUGAACGUACACCGCGGCGUCAAGUCGCACUCGUGUGGCAUCUGCGGCAAGUGCUUCACGCAGAAGUCCACACUGCACGACCACCUCAACCUCCACUCUGGAGCAAGGCCCUAUCGCUGCUCCUACUGUGAUGUGCGCUUCGCUCACAAGCCUGCCAUCAGGCGGCAUCUCAAGGAGCAGCACGGCAAGACCACUGCCGAGAACGUGCUGGAGGCCAGCGUGGCUGAGAUCAACGUCCUCAUCCGCUAGCGCUGGCAGGGGCAGGCGCUGGGGCCCUGGGCUGGGUAGGAAGGGGACCCCCCCGGCCCAGGAGAAUAGGGGGGUGGGGGAUCGAGGACAGGCAGGUUCGGUGGGGAGCCUGAAGAGACACACACCCUGAGGGAGGGGCCACAGAUUCCUUGCAGAGAAGCUGCCUCUUCAGAAGAAAAGGAUGGAGAGGGAGAGGGUUCUUCGGGAAGACCAAGGGAGUGGUAAGGGGAUCCCAGAGAAAGAUUUUCUUCUCUUAGAGGUGCAUAGAUAUGUGGAGGGAGGGGAAAGG